AUGUCCAACGGGAGGGGUUCGGCCCUGCAAGUGCAACGACAGUUCCACAAUGAGCACAACAACCACUCGCAACAGAUGACCGACGAGUCGUCGGGUCGCUUUAAAUUCAACCCGGAACGCCAAUUCUACUUGCUCAAGCUCAUUUUCGGCAUUCUUUGCAUCAUCGACAUCACCCAUUGGGGAUAUUUAUUACGUGAUGACAACGCGAGUGAUGAGAACACUUGGAAAUUUUAUAUUCGAAUCGAUCAAGCCGAGAUGUAUUACUUGAUAGCUCGAAUGUUCGGAGAUAUUUUUGUUUGCGUACUCGGAUUGGGAGCGGCGAUGUGGACUCGGAAGUCGGUGUUGACCGUUCCAUGCAUCGUCGUUCAACUCAUUUUCGUCGUUUAUAGGUCAAUCGUCUGGCCAGUGCGUCACUUUCGGGGUAUUCUGAAAGAAAAGCUAAAAUCGCAUCCAGCGAGAACAGAAGACAUUGCAUUUAUCUUGUGUGAAUUCAUGCUACCAAUGGCGUGGGGUCUUCUUUCGGUGCUUAUCGUGCGCACGAUGCGGGUUCUGCGACAAUUCGAGCAACUCAACGGUUAUGCCCAUCCACCGGUGAUCGUGCUGACAGUGAAAAACGAAGAAAACGACGAGAGUGUUCAAAUUGAGCUCGCC